CACCACUACCGCGCCCAUCGUAACUUGAUAGCCUUCACUACUUCACUACCUCCACCCGACUCCUGUGUCAUCGUGCAAGUCACUGCCUCUAUCUCGCCCCGUAUACCAUCAAACUAAUACCUCCGUUUGUGUCGCAAUACUUCUUCCAGUAAUAGCUUAAAGCAGCCUGGCCACGCAUUGAGGCUGAGCUUCCGCCGUCACGCAUCAGGCCACACAUGCGCACACCCCACCACAUCAUGAACUUCGACCCAUGGUAGAUCCUCCAGGCGCGCACCUUGCACUACACCAUCCCCGAACAUGGCUCGGCCCAACCCUCCACCAGGCCAACAGCAGCAACAGCCCGUCUCCUUCAAGACUAUCCCGGGCCGCCAUCGCACCCAGAAAUGGCAGCAAGCCAAGACAUAUAACUACGAUGGCGAUGACUGGGGCGGCUUUGAUCCGUACGACGAGUAUGCUGGGUACGAAGACGAACAGCCAGCACCCCCAAUGCCUUCACAUGUGCACCGGCAGAACAGCUUCGAUACGGGCGAUGAGAAGAGGCAGUUUAGCGGUGCAUCCACGUUGCCGCCGGUUGUGGAGCAGGAAGACCAAAGGCAGAGGGGAAGGAACUUUACCAACCCGGACUUCGCGCCUCCGCCUCUGAACACACGCGCCAGUCCUGCGCCGCCAGUACACAGAGAGGUCCAGACGGCUGGAACUGCGAAUUCGCCGAGGGCGCCUGCGCAUAAUACUGUAAUUGCGCCGCCCGUCGCGAGUGGAUCACGCAACAUGGAUAAGCCGCUGCCAUUCAUCCGGCCUAGUGAAAUAUACAAGCGCAUGGCGGAGGAGAAGGAGAGGGAGCGGCAGAGUAUGGACUCUAGUCGACCCAGCAUGGAUUCGAUACAAAGAGACGCUCUUGCUCCUGGCUCCACGUCACCGCCAGUUGGUGGUGGAUUGGGUGUGCCCAGAAACACAGACACUCCGGCGUCAUCUAUAGAUCGACGACCGAGUCUAGGGCCCGUCAUGGAGCACGCAGAGACUUACGAGGAGGACACACAACACGAGCAAUCACCGCUUGGCCUGGCACAGCCACAGCGUCCGGGAGCGGCGAGGACGGAGAGUGUGCCGCAGGAUCUCGGACACGAGCCUGAGUAUCAGCCACUCUCGACGCUGCCGGUAACGAAUAGCUUCGGUGAGCCAACGGAGAAGCAAACGAGUCCUGUGCUACCGCCUGUAAGCCGCGUCUCAGGUUUCGGUAGCGAUUUCCUGCACGGCGUAACUUCGAAGCUAGCAGAGAGCGAUGAGCCGGAACGCGAGCCGCAAGCCACACCUGUUUCGCCACAACAAAGUCGCUUUCAGAGCACCAUUGAACGCGUUAUGAACGCGCCAGUGCUCAAUACCGGUGCUACACCUCACCCUCCUGCGCUGAAUACUGGCUCAUCAUCCACAACUGCUCGGUCGCCGGCCUCCAACUUGCAGCAUACACCCAGCACCGGCUUCCGCUCGGUGGUAAACACAGCGUUCGACUUCGAUACCAAGAUGUCUCAAGACACCCCGCCUUCUCGGGAUAACUCAGAAUCCGACGACCAUGGAGCCAGCGGCACAAUUAGCCGCAGCGAUACCACGGCCACUGAUACCACGGCCGGUAUAAGUCCAAUCAUGAGCCGUGUUCCUUUCGCCGCCGCGGAAGAGGCAUCGCCUUUGACGCAGAUGACGGCGCCGAGGCCGAGACCGCUCUCCGGCUUUGAACAGCCAUCACCGUCACCGGGACUUAGCACGCCACAUCGUAUUCCGCGCAAGCCAUCACCUAGCCACAGUCGCAACGUCAGCGUCGAAACUGCGCACGCCUCACCUUCAGUCGUCCAGCCGGGUUACAGGAGGAGUCUAGACCCACCUUCCCAUGAUAACUCGCCCGCGCGGACUCCGGGGUUGGAGGACAGCUCGAGUAGAAGGGUAAGUCAAGCAAUGGCUGCCGAGGUCGAAACCCCGAUGGUGGAGGAUGGCGCCCGCACGGCGGAAGCUCCUGACGUCGCAGACCAAGCUGCUGAGGUACCCAUGCCGCACCUCGAGCCUGUCAAUGAUGAGCCAGCUGCCCCCGCACCGCACCACGCGUCAGGGAAAGCUUUCCCACACAUCGAUCUGCCAACAACCGGCCGCGCACGUAGCGGCACAGACUAUAGCGUGCGCGAAGCCGACCUCGCACACAGCGUCAAUGCUUCUCCGGACAAAGCUUCCUUCUCCCCUCCCGUCGCCGAAGCAUCUGCUGCAACCCAACAACUCUUCUUACAAACCCACUCUUCCGCCGCCUCCCCCGUGACGCCCCGCCCAGUCUCACCCGGCAUAGCGCGUGUCGGCACCGACGGCAGCCAACGGCCCGAAAGCCCUGGUAAAGUCGGCCGUGUGCGGGAGAUCGCGGAGAAUUAUAACAACCUCGACGACGCCUCCAGACGCAACUCGGUCGUUAGUAGUAAGUCCAGCUGGAGCCAGUUCCGGGCAAACGGGAGUGAGGAAAAUCUGGCGCUGAAGAAACGAGGGACGGGUGGGAGUGGCAGUUUGCUCGCUGCCGAGCCUGAGCCUGAGCGUGAGCUGGAGCGAGAGCGGCGAGAGGAAGGCGCGGAUGAGGAUCUGUUCCCGCAGUACGAGCAGAGUCGCGAACGAAGUCUGUCUGUGUCGAGGCCUGCGCCGCUGGAGAGUCAGCCUAGUUUUCGACCGCACUUGCCGGGUGAGUGGGUCAGUUAUGCGCCCACACCGGCGGGUGAGCAGCCGCCCGCUAUGGCAGAUGAGGGUGAAGUAGGAGGCGAUGUUGGAGAGAAGCGUGAGGGCUCUGCCCUGCUUACGCCGCGUGGCGAACAACCUCCUGCCGCGCCCGCGCCCGCAACUGCACAAGAGGAAGAACCCGUUGACUUCACACCCACGCGUCGUCCGACCCAGCAUCGUCAAUUCGAUAGCCCGAGUCAGCAGCAUGCUGCUCACCCUGACCCAGCAGCGACUGCGGAUGAAGAAGAAGAGCCCAUCGACUUCACACCCACAUCCCGCACAAUUCAACACCGGUCAACCGACUCGUCAAGCGAAGAACAACAACAACAUCCCGCCGUCUCCGCCCUGAAUCAAGUCAAAGACGCGGGCGCCGCGCUCGGCGCCAGCCUCACCGCCAUGACCGGCCUCAACUCACACGCACGUGACUUUGGCUCCUCCGGGCCGGAUUCGGAAGUCAAGCAGCCCGAGUUGGCCACUGCUGCUAAGGCGGCUUACGGUGCUGUAGAGAGGUUUCUGAAGCCCGAGAGGCCCGAAUUGAGGAGGGAUGAGAGUGCGGCUACGGAUGUGAGUGUCGUUAGUGUGGAGUCUGCGCCACCGACACCGCCGGCUAAGGAUGCCCCGUUGUUUGGGCCUGAGGCGCCGCUUUAUGGGCCUCAGCCGCCGCCGCCGGGAGUGGAUGGGAACGCGAAUCAAAGUCGGCCUGUAAGCAACUAUUUUGGAGGGGAGAGGGGUAGUACGGAUGUGAAUGGAAGUCGACCCGCAAGCAACUAUUUCGGUGCUACGGUCUCGCCCUUAAAGACCAACAAGGUGGCGGAGAGGGAUUAUGCUAUGCCUGCGGAGGAGGAGACUCAAUCACGACCUGCCUUUCUGCCACAUCUCAGCACCGAUACAGGCGCCGGUGACACCGAGAGCGACCGCUUGAGGAAGGAGAUCGUCCGGAGUCUGGACUCGGAGAAGCGGGCCGAUAUCAAGCGGCAGAGCAUUCUCGAGGAUGCGGAGAGGACGCAAGAUGCGCUUGACGCGCCUGAUAAUGAGAGGAAGGUUGCGGCUGGACUGCGGCCGGAGCCCGCUGCUGAAGUCAAGGAUGCGGAGAAGAGCAAGUCGCUGCCUAUGAUGCUUGAUCAGCGCUUUAGCUUUGAGAAGAGAGGGCAGGGACAGCAUGUGCUUUCGCCGGGGUUAGGUGGGCCGCCGCCUGUUAUUGCGGAACCGGAAACGGAGCCGCAGAGCCCGGAGGUCAAGCCGGAGGCGCCGUAUGAGCGGCCGAAGAGCAAGCAGUUGCAUGUUAUGAAUGCGGACGAGGAGGAUGACGAGGAACAGGAUGAUGAAGAGGAGGUUGUAGCGACGCACAGACGGCAACAAUCGCAGCGGAGUCUUGUGAGCCCUAUCUCGGCAAUAUCCAGGGACGAUGAGGAUUUGUCGCAGUUGAGUGAGACAUGGGGGGAGCAUGGAUUUCAGCAUCGGGCUCCUUCACCCAUGGUCGACGAGUACGAUCGUGAUGCGGAAAGGGCGAGGCAGGCUUCGGUUGAUACGGAGUCCACGCGUCUACCCUCUUACUACCAAUCCGACACCGCUGCUGGUAUCCAUGUUCCAUCCGUUGAUGCGCCACCACCGCAGAUACCCGAGAAAGACAACACAAUAGUAUCUUCUUCGCCUCUGACCCCUUCCGGUUCGACCGCUGCUGCCAAACGCAGCUCUGCUCCCGGACAGCGCGUGCCCCCUUUCCGCGAGAUCCUUGCCAUCAAGGCCACGUCCGAGCGGAUACAGGCGUAUAACGAAACGCGGCAGACGUUUGCGGAGAUGGACACGGGACUGAAUGACUGGUUGAAGGGGAUGAUGGAGCGGCAUCCGGAGCUCGCCAACAGUUCCCUCACGCCGGUCAAGAGCAACGCUCUGACUACCUCUGGCACUUUCCGUCAUCGACAUAGUCCCAGUCUCUUGAAGUUUGGGAAGCAGUUCGGCAGCGUCAGCGGACCCUCGUCGUCUCCCGCACUCGGUGAUCCUGCGGACGGGGAGCGGAAGGGUAGCUUAGACGACGUCACGGCUUUACCUAUGACCCCGAGCCGAGACGCUUCGGGCGGACCGAAGAUGGUGGAUCGGGAGAAGAUGCAGCAGAAGGGGAAGGAGUUUAUAAAGAGUGCGGGAAUGUUCGGUGGGAAGGCGCAGGCGGGAGCCAAAGGGUUCUUUCAGCGAGGGAAGACCCGGUUUGGGGGUCGGAGGGAGAGCGGAGGUGGUGCUGGUGGCGAUGCGAAGGUAUGAUGACUUCUUUCUCCUGUUUCCUGACAUGACAUCUUGGAGGACGGAGGUCGGAGUUGGGAAUGGCCAGAUCGUCUGCUGAAUGUGCUUUGCGUUUUCGGCAGGCAUGACCACACCCAACACCUUUCCGUAACGGGAUGCUUCUUAGCCGCCGUUCGUGGCGAGUACCCCUAGCGAGGCGCAAAAGCGG